ACUGCGCGCUUCGGCUCAGCGUCCCAGUCCCCUGUGUGUGGUCUGGAGUGCUGGAACAUGGCAACCGUCCUCGCUGCGGAGGAGCUAGGCUCCUUGAAAUACAGCGACCUACAGAACUUGGCCAAGAGUUUGGGCCUCCGGGCUAACUUGAGGGCAAACAAGCUCUUAAAGGCUUUGAAAACCCACCUUAAACAGGAAGCACAAAAAGAAAAUAAGAAUCAGGAUGAAAGUCAAGCUUUUGCAUCCUCUGCUGAUGAGACUGAGGUACAGAUUAACAGCGGGGAACAAGCCACGAAGGAGCCGGUGGACCACAUCACCAAAACAAGGAGGCGGCGGCGGCGGCAUAAGACAGUCCCUAGGGAACCUGUCUCACAGAAGCAGUCCAGCAGUGAACGAGGGGUAAUGACACCCAAGCCUCCAGGAAGCCUCUCCACAGCUUGCACUCCCGCCAGCCAGCAGCGCUCACAAGGCCAGGCCCAAGGCCCUGUCAGGAGGAGCGCUAUGAGUCUAAAAGGGUCAGCUAAGCACUCUGUUCUCUCAGCGACGAAAAUGAACGUCAGAUUUUCAGCUGCAACUAAAGAUAAUGAGCAUAAGCGUUCACUGAUUAUUACUCCAUUCAAGUUGACAACUGUGGGAAUGCAGACUCCUGUCUCCAAUAAGAAACCAGUAUUUGACCUCAAAGCAAGUUUGUCUCGUCCCCUGAACUAUGAGCCACAUAAAGGAAAGUUGAAACCAUGGGGGCAAUCUAAAGAAAAUAAUUCUCUGAAUGAACAUGUGAGCAGAGUAAGUUUCCAUAAGAAAACUUACAAACAACCUCCUAUCCAGACCAGGUUUUCCCACUUCUCACUGGCACUCUUGUGGAACAAGUGUCCACAGCACAUGAAUCUUUAA